AUGCCUCCCAAUCCGCAGGCGCAGGGAUCGCAAUCCCAGCGUGGUCAGGGAAAGACGAGAUAUGCAACCUCGUGCACAGAAUGUCGCCGGCGAAAGCAAAAGUGUUCCCAAGGCCAACCUUGCACCAAUUGUCUGCGCAGGUUCCCACAAACGACAUGUGAAUACACAACCACCGCCACCAGAAGGGCCUCAAGCCAGGGAGGCACCCGCCCAAACGAUGUCAAAGUCGUUGUCGAAGGUCCAGCGUAUUCUCAUCUCGAUGUCAGCGAGUUACAAGACGCCAUUCUGCAAUUGGAACGGGAGACUCGCGAACAGAUUCAGAAAAAUGGCCCCCAAACGUUUUCUGUCAAGUUUCCAAGACGGUCCAACUCGAAUCGUGCAUUGAAAAAUGGCAACAACACCGACAACGACGAGGAAAGCAAGCUCAAUGCCAAAAGCAACAGCGGGGUUGGUGGCAAGGAACAGCCAUUCAAGAUUAUUGUCAAGGAUGAGACGGGCCUUUUGCAGCCUCAAAAUAUGCGAACUCUUCUCAAGACUAUCCUUCAAGUCCGAGUCAACUUUGCCACCAAGAUUGUCAAUGACGAAUACACGCUCGACUCCAGAGCAUUGCUCCGCAUGGCUGAGCGCGCCACAAGGCCGCCGCUGCAGGUUAGCAGCUACGAAGACCACCUCCACAACCUACCCAUGACCCUCAACAAGCUAAACAUUGAGCUUGUUCGAAUCUAUUUGCAAUUACUUUGCCGAUUCAAGGCAGUAGUAGACGGCGCUCCGGAUCCAACGAAUCGCUUCAUGAAGCACUGGGUUCCUCUCUCUAUCAAGUCGCCGUUAAACCUUCAAAUUAUCCUCUAUACAUCGGCUUGCUUCUUGAAUGAGACUGGUCAAUUGCCAAAAAUGGUUGUUUGGGCGCACAAAAGCGCUGUGCACAAGCUCAUCAACGAUCAUAUUGCCAAAGUGGGAAAAAAUCUCAGUGACGAAGUCAUUAUGGGCACUGCUCAGAUGGUUCUUGAUUCGUGGUACUGGGGGACAACCGAGGAGAUGCACGCUCAUAUGCUUGGCCUGAAAUCCAUGAUCAGAAUCCGAGGGGGCUUUCAAACCCUGGGAAUGCAAGGUUUUCUUGCCAAGACUGUCAUCACAGAUGACAUCACUAUUGCACUUGCUCACGAAGUCCCGACAUCCAUGUUUGACAAGGACGGGUUUGAGUUCAAAGACGAAUUCAUGGUACCUUACCAAGUAUCCUUCAACUCGCCAUUUAUGUCGGACUGGCCACCAUUUUCUAGCCCGGCAUCUACGCUCGACCUACAUCCCAACGCAAAUCAUCUUCUUGAUGACAUGAGAAAUCUUCUCAAGCUCGUUCUGGAGCUUCCCGAAGAGCAAACUGCGGAACAGCUUCAACAGGUUGCUGAGCUCGCAGCGUGGACAUACCAGCGCAUUUCCAUGCUGCCCGAAAAUGUGCCGAAGAGAUGUGACGAGGAUCAGCAAAAGCAAGAAGACUUCCAAGCACACCAACAAAGAACUCAGCAGAUGCCGCAGCCCCAUAGUCAACAGCCGGUGUUGACAGAUGCCUAUUCGAACACUGACAGAUCAUCCAGCGGCACGAGCGCGCGAUGGGAGGCAUCGUCCCCCGAAAACACGUAUUCCAGCAGCAUUUUUGAAAGCUGCACCCCGAAAGACGAGGCCGUCUCGACUCCAGAAACGUCACCCACUCGGAGCGGGAGCGACCAGUAUACAACUCCGCAGCGUCCGGACCUCAUGUACCGUGUCAUCCGCAACGUAGCGCUCAUUUAUUGCCGUGCCAUCUUAGCUCGCGUCCCAACUAGCCACGUUUGCGACUCAAACGAAUUCACCCAAAUUUGGGCCAACAUUUGGGAGGUACCUCUGGCUCAAUGGAAGACUGUUCUUGGGGUGUACCACUGGAUUACUAUUGGCCUAAUUCCGAGUGGACACGACACACCACCUGCUCGAUUUUCCAAGAUGCUCAUGGUCGUGGCACUCUUAUCCAUUGGAUUGGACAAUUGGCACAUUUGCUUGGAGAUCUCCCGCGCUGCCUUGAAGUUGCAAGAAUGGCUGCGAGAGGGUCAUCCCGCCACGCCCUCUGGCAUUGUUGGCGGCGAAGCCGGUGUGCUCAAAUACGGAUUUCCAAUCAAGGAAGACUUGCCUACUAUUGCCAAGUACGACGGCAAUCACUUCUUGGACGGUAUCGAAGAAGACAUGGACGACGCGGACGAGCUUGUCUGA